AUGGAGGAAGAAACAGAAGAAAGGAAGAGGAGAAAGAAGAAAACUGCCGGCGAAGAAGAAGCGAUUGUUGUGUGUGUAUUAUUUGUCUGUCUUUUGGGGAAGAAGCAAGCAAGUUGGGCAGAGCACGAGAGAGAAGCGACAGGAAGCAAAGAGGGCGCAAGGAGGAGAAUGAGGCGGCUUGCUCCCUCCCCCUUGCGGCCUGGCCCUGGGGGUCCUGGACCAGCAGCGGCGUCCGGCAGGGAGGAUACCUGGCUGGUACUUCGGCUGCAACAAGCUGCUGCCGAACGUCAUCUCUCCCAGGAAGAAGAAAACAUAAGAAUAAAACAUGGAGCAGAAAGAGACACAAAAGGUGUGUCGUCUUGUUCAGCCUUGGGAUACGAGGGGAGAGAGGCUCUGAGGUCUCUCACACGGCAUACGGCAUACUUGGUCCGCCAGCUGCUUUUCAGGACAGCCUACAAGGCAGGAUGGACGGCAAGCUUGACUCUCCUAGCAACUAUUCUGGCACUACUCCGUACUCUCGCACCUCUACCGUCCCGGGGCCCUGAAGUUAUCCGUGAACCGCGAAGAAGGGCCAGCUCUUCUUCUUCUUCUUCUUCUCCUCGGAAGUUGAUGCCGCGUCUAUUCCAGCUCACUAAUGCAUGUUGCUACUGCUUGCUUGCUUGCCUGCUUGCUGCGAGAAAUGGGGCUUGGUGGCAAACCGUAGAUGGCGGGAGAAACCUGUCUGACUUCUGCGGAGUCCUUGCAGCUCCUGUCUGA